GGAUAUUGGGUACUGGGGCGGGAGGCCGGCGAGCCGAGGCCGGCGCAGGCCACUGCCCGACAGCCAUCGGAUUAACAAACCCGACGGGAACCCGAGGCCCUCCGGGCGCACCAUCAGCGGCGGCCCCUCCACGCCGCCAGCCUGCGCCCUGCGCGAUGCGAGCUUUCUCCCUAGACCUCUUACUGCGGGGGUCGGGGGUCCUCCGGAGGAUCGCCAGGAAGCUGCAAGCAAAGAAGGCAGCUCCCGCGCGCGGCUCCUUCCUUCUCACUCCGGCUAGGCGCGGGGCCAGACCCGAUUCCCGUGCUCCGAUUGGUUAUGGGAGGCGGUGGAGGGCCGGGGCUUGGGGCGUCGCCCCAAAAGACGCCCACCGCCGGCAAACUCUGCCAAUCCGGACGCGCCCGGGGAGCCCCCGCCCCUCCAGGCUAUUAGCGUCCCUCGUGACGUCACGCGCGAUGGCUGGGAGGAAGGCGGGACCAAGUGCUGCAGCAGCCAGGAGCCCACGAAGGAAAAUGGGUGAUUUGCCCUUAGAUAUCAACAUCCAGCAACCUCGCUGGGACCAAAGCACUUUCCUGGGCAGAGCCCGGCACUUCUUUACUGUCACCGACCCCCGAAAUCUGCUGCUAUCUGGGGCACAGCUAGAAGCUUCCCGAAACAUCGUGCAAAACUACAGGGCCGGCGUGGUGGCCUCAGGGCUGACCGAGGACCAGCUAUGGAGGGCCAAGUAUGUGUACGACUCUGCCUUCCAUCCGGACACAGGGGAGAAGGUGGUCCUUAUCGGCCGCAUGUCAGCCCAGGUGCCCAUGAACAUGACCAUCACUGGAUGCAUGCUCACCUUCUACAGGAAGACCCCAACCGUGGUGUUCUGGCAGUGGGUGAAUCAGUCCUUCAAUGCCAUCGUCAACUACUCCAACCGCAGUGGUGACGCUCCCAUCACUGCAGGGCAGCUGGGAACAGCUUAUGUGAGUGCCACCACCGGGGCAGUGGCCACAGCUCUGGGACUCAAGUCCCUCACCAAGCACCUGCCCCCUCUGGUCGGCAGGUUUGUGCCCUUUGCAGCUGUGGCAGCUGCCAACUGCAUCAACAUUCCCCUGAUGAGGCAGAGGGAGCUGCAGGUGGGCAUCCCCGUGACUGACGAGGCAGGUCAGAGGCUUGGCCACUCAGUGGCCGCGGCCAAGCAGGGAAUCUUCCAGGUGGUGAUAUCGAGAAUCUGCAUGGCGAUUCCUGCGAUGGGCAUUCCCCCCGUGAUCAUGGACACUCUGGAGAAGAAAGACUUUCUGAAGCGCCGCCCUUGGCUGGGGGCGCCCCUGCAGGUGGGAUUGGUGGGCUUCUGCCUGGUAUUUGCCACCCCCCUGUGCUGUGCCCUGUUCCCCCAGAGGAGCUCCAUACGCGUGAGCAGGCUGGAGCCAGAGCUGAGAGCUCAGAUCCGUGAGCAAAACCCCAGCAUCGAGGUGGUGUACUACAACAAGGGGCUUUGAGGGAGGGUCAGCCCCUGGCCCCCGGCCCCCUCCAUCACCUCCUUGGGCUGCUGCUUUAGUGGAGCCUUGCCAUCCCUGCCACUUGCCUGUCUGCCUGGUUCUGGGCAGGGGACUCUGGAAGAGGGGCAGUCACUGACACCAGCAAUCCACUCAGCUGGGGGAGGUGCCCCCAUAAGACUUUUUCUCUCCUCUCCGGUUUCAAAAAAGCAGAGUCCCCUCUCCCCCUGCUAGUGUGUCUAUGUGCAUACAUCCACGUGUAUACGUGCAUGUGUAUGUACAUGCAGUCCUGGAAGCUGGGAGCAGACUGCUGUCCUGGGAUCUUCUGGCAUCUGGCUUCCCAUCUCGGACUCCAGGCCCACCUGCCAGCCAGCCAGGCUACCAGACUUCCUUUCCUAAACUGGUCCUCUAGCCAAGUCCUUCCUGGCAGCACCUCACCCCUUACUGAACCCAAGGCCCUCAGGACAGACACUGAGGGACAUGAGCAGGCCAAACUGGGCUGAAUCCUUCAGACUUCUGCUUCCUGGCACCCAAAGCAGCCUCAGGAACUGGGCUAGCAGAGGAAGAUGUGUUGAAAUAAGGGAGACAGGGAGCAUAUGCAUCCCCCCAGUGCCAUCCCCCACAUCCUGGGAUAGAUCCAUUUCCUCUCCUCUUCUCUGCCAAGAACAAAGGAGCGCCAGUAUCCUCUACAGUCCUCACUGCCUCCCCCCAUAGCCGUGUGGACGUCUUUAGGCACAAUCUUAGGGGUUCUUGGUCUGCUCUGACAUCAUGACCUAAAAUCCAAGUCCUACAAUCCUUCCCCCACCCCAACCAAAAAGCCAUGUAGGCAGAGCAAGCAUUCUCCUUUAAGAGCUCCCACCAUGCCCUCUUAUAGAGUGACACAGUUGUAGGAAUGGUGCUUAAACUCACGGGUAUCUGAAUGGGUGCGACUGGGAUACCCUCCAGGGCAACUAGGUCCUGAGUGCACAAUCUUAAGGGAAUUUUGUGUUCCGCUGACGCUUGUUAGAGAGUCAGCCAAACCCCCACCUUAGCUCCUGCUCUCUCUGGAGUCUUGACCCUUCUCCAACCCUCACCCCCAAAAGGGGAAAGGCCUAGGCCUCAGCUCAGCAGCUGGUCCAAAUGGAAGGUGGGAUAGGUGGUGGUAAACUCAGAGUGCCUGGAGAAAAGGAUCUUGACUCCAACACCCAUGCCUCUGUGAAGGGAUGGGUGGGGCACGAGUAAAAGGCCCCAGUGGGACUGUUCUGAGAGCACUUGCCUGUCCCCCAAAGAAUCUCCACCAGCAAUAAUAGUUAAUCAUAAAUCUGCCUAGUUCUUGAUCUUCUCGGUCCCAUGUCCUGAGUGCCCAAGAAGGGCCUGCUAGGAGCCUGCUGCCUUCCCUUCUCUCCCCACCAAGUCCAUGUUUCAGUCUGCCCCUCCCCUUCUGAAGCAGCAGAGGGCGCUGUGAGAUUAAAACAUCAGUUCUUCCGUCAGCAGCCCAAGUACUAAAGCAAAGGGAGAUGUAAAGGCCUCCACCAUCUAUUCCUUCAGAAAGUGGAGUCCUGGCUUCAUUCUCUACUUCGCUAGGGGGACUGAUACACACCUACAAACCAGCUCUGGCUCUGUGCUUCCUGAUUUCCUUCAGGCGUUCCACAUGGGGUGAUGGCCUCUGGUCCCCAGGGAGGCCUCUGGAGAGGGGGAGAUCAGAGGGCAUAGGACUGCCCAGCUUCAUCAGAGAAAGAGGCUUUUGGGGGAGCAGUAUGCCCUCCACAUCCCUACAUGUCCCCAUCAAUUUACCAGAGGAGCAGGCCUCACAGGGACCACGUAUCAUUCCCGUAUCCCAAGGCUGUCCACCCCCUCGCUGCUUUCAUAACCCUCUGUUUUUUUGUUUUUUUGUUUUUGGAAAAAUGGGUCCAAAAUUUCAUGUCUGUGUACAGCUGGUAAAAGCUACCAUUAAACAGUUUAUAGCUGCUUCCCUUGC